CUGCCGCACCGCGCGCGGACCGCGGCUCUUAUACCGGGGGGCGGAGCCGCUGCAGAGCCCGCCGCGCCCACCGCGCGAUGCGCUCCAGUCGGGAGCUGCCUUAAAGGGGCGAUGGCCGCGCGUGGGUGGUAAAGGGCAGCAGCUGACAGCAGCAGUUCAGCAGCCUUGCCUUCUGAAGUCAGCUGGCUGGCUCUCAAAAGACAGCCCAUAUUUGAAUGGAAAAAGGUAAUUGAGAACAUCCAGUCAGACUUUGCAUGGCAUGAGGCAGAAACAGGAUUUUCUAGCAGGGUGGCUUCAGGAAGGAAUUUAGGAAAGGAGCAUGACUUAAUGUGAGUGCUCAUGAUGAUCACAAGGAGUGCUACCAUGGGGAAGUUCGUAAAUGGAGUUUUGAAGGAACUGUUUAAAAUUCUAAUAUAGACGCCUACCUGUGAUGAUUCCACCAUCUACAACAACCCCUGUCGGUGAUGCUGCACUCUUGCCAAAUGUGGCUUCUCAGGAAAUCUGGAGGUCACAAGUGCCAGGCUAUUCUGGAUCGGUCACACGGCACAUAAGUCAUCGGGCCAACAACUUCAAGAGACAUCCAAAGAGGAGAAAACACAUUCGCCCUUCGCCACCACCACCACCAAAUACUCCAUGUCCUAUUGAUUUGAUUGACUUUGGGGAUCUUCAGCCUCAGAGGUCUUUCCUAGAACUCCUCUUUAAUGGGUGCAUUCUUUUUGGGCUUGAGUUCAGCUAUGCCAUAGAAACAGCCUAUGUUACCCCUGUGCUGCUUCAGAUGGGGCUUCCAGACCAACUGUAUGGAAUGGUGUGGUUCAUCAGCCCUAUAUUAGGAUUUUUGCUACAGCCUUUGCUGGGAGCCUGGAGCGACAGAUGCACAUCAAGAUUCGGGAGGAGACGACCUUUCAUUCUGGUCUUAGCAAUAGGAGCGUUGCUUGGGCUCUCGCUUAUGCUUAAUGGCAAAGAUAUAGGAAGCACCUUGUCUGACACUGCGAAUAACCACAAAUGGGGUAUCAUUCUUACGGUCUGUGGUGUUGUCCUCAUGGACUUCAGUGCAGAUUCAGCAGACAAUCCCAGUCAUGCCUACAUGAUGGAUGUGUGCAGCCCAGUGGAUCAAGACAGGGGCCUCAACAUCCACGCUUUGUUAGCAGGUCUUGGAGGUGGCUUUGGUUAUGUUGUUGGAGGAAUACACUGGGAUAAAACCAGUUUUGGAAAAGCUGUGGGAGGGCAACUUCGUGUCAUCUAUGUCUUCACCUCAGUUACACUGACUAUCACUACUGUACUGACUCUAAUUAGCAUUCCAGAAAGACCCUUAAGGUCCUUUGUCAGGAAGAAAAAGGUGAUGAAGAGUCCAAGUCUUCCUCUCCCUCCUUCUCCACCUUUCUUCUUUGAGGAGGGUGUAAAUGAAAACUUUGCUUCUCAUAACUCAGCUCACUUACAUGCAAGCUUUACGAGCCCCGUUUCCCCCCUGAGCCCACUCACACCCAAAUAUGGCAGUUUUAUCAGCAGAGACAAUUCCUUGACAGGAAUUAAUGAGUUUGCAUCAUCAUUUGGGACUUCAAAUAUUGACAGUGUGCUUAUAGACUGUUUUACAGGCGGGCACAAUAGUUACGUAGCACUUCCAGCUAGCCUGCCCAGACAGCCUGUCAGUGUCAGCUUUCCUCGGGUGCCUGAUGGCUGUUACCAAGGACAAAAUGGAAUUUUGGAGCAAGGGGAGAGCAGCAUAACACCGGGGCCUGACGGCGAGGUGCUGAGGGUGGGCUCACUGGAUACGAUAAAGCCACGGUCAUCAGGGAUCCUGAAAAGGCCUCAGACCUUGGCCAUUCCAGAUAUCGUAACAGGACACUGUCCAGAAAAUAGCAGAAGAAGAAACGUAACCUUCAGCCAACAGGUUGCUAAUAUCUUGCUGAAUGGUGUAAAAUAUGAGAGCGAGCUGAAUGGAUCCAGCGAGACCACUGAGCAACCACUCUCCAUGAAACUCCUUUGUUCCACCAUCUGCCAGAUGCCCAAGGCUCUCCGCAAUCUCUGCAUCAACCACUUCCUAGGAUGGCUUUCGUUUGAGGGGAUGUUACUCUUCUACACUGACUUCAUGGGAGAAGUAGUGUUUCAAGGGAAUCCAAAAGCGCCUCACAACUCAGAUGAGUACCAGAAGUACAACGCUGGGGUCACCAUGGGCUGCUGGGGAAUGUGCAUCUAUGCAUUCAGUGCUGCUUUCUAUUCAGCCGCACUGGAGAAGCUGGAGGAGCGGUUCAGCACACGGACACUGUACUUUGUGGCAUAUUUGUCCUUCGGGCUCGGCACAGGUCUGGCCACCCUCUCCAGGAAUGUCUAUGUGGUGCUGUCACUAUGUGCUACCUACGGCAUCCUCUUCGCCACGCUCUGCACGCUGCCCUACUCCCUGCUGUGCGACUACUAUCAGAGCCAUGAGUUUGUAGGCUCACAGGCGGAGGGCACACGGCGUGGGAUGGGCGUUGACAUCUCCCUGCUGAGCUGCCAGUACUUCCUGGCCCAGAUCCUCGUGGCCCUGGCCAUGGGACCACUGACAGCAGCUGUGGGCAGUGCCAGCGGUGCCAUGUAUUUCGCCAGCCUGAUGUCCUUCCUAGGCUGUCUCUUCUCGUCCCUCUGUGUCACCUAUGAGCUGCCACCCACCGAGGAGCUGCCUCCCACGGAAGAGCAGCGCCCGCUCUUGCCCCACGCGCGGAACGAAUAAAUGGGAGAAGCCACCACA